GCCGGUCGACCGCAUUUCCUACCGACCGACAACAGUACGAUUCUAACCGCGGUCCGGGGUACAUCGCACCAUGCGGACACUCGCCAUAAUAUUUCUCGCGAUCUUCGCCGUCCACAAUGUACAACCCGCGCGAAUACUCGGACUCUUCCCACAUACGGGGAAAAGCCAUCAAAUGGUUUUUGACCCCCUACUCAAAGCUUUAGCCGAAAGGGGACACGAUGUCACCGUAGUUUCGUUCUUCCCCAUCAAAGAUCCACCAGCGAAUUACACCACCGUCAGCCUCGAAGGCAUUGCUGCACUAGGAUUAGAAACUAUCGACUUAGCAUAUUUCGAUAAUCCAAACACAAUCCUCAGUAUAUUGGGCGUUGAGAAAAUCCUUAAACAAGUCACCGAGUUCCAACCUUUAGCUGACCUAGCUACGGGAAUAUGCUCAAAAAUCGUAGAUUUUGCGCCUUUAGCGGAUGCUUUGAAGAAAAGUUAUGACGUUGUUAUAGUGGAGAAUUUUAACAGUGACUGCAUGCUUGGACUUGCUCAUGUUUACGGGAUCAAGGGACCGUUUGUUUCGUUAUCGUCAAGCGCUUUGAUGCAGUGGGUUCCUGACCGCAUGGGGCUAACUGAUAACCCGUCAUACGUGCCAAUUGUGAGCUCUGAAUUCACUUCCAAAAUGACCUUCCUCCAAAGACUGGAAAAUACUGUGAUGAACAUGUAUUACAAAAUCUGGUAUCGAUACGCGAUCCAGUUGAAAGAGAAAGCGAUUAUUGAGAAGCGUUUUGGUAGAAGGAUCCCAGAUCUGCAAGACUUUGCGAAGAACGUGAGCGUUAUGCUGGUGAAUACGUUUCAUAGUAUGAAUGGUGUUCGUCCUUUAUUGCCUGGUGUGGUGGAAGUGGGGGGAAUGCACUUGGAUCAUAGCAGGAAACCAAUACCUCAUUACAUCGAGCGAUUCCUGAACGAAUCUGAACACGGGGUCGUAUUGUUCAGUUGGGGAUCUCUUAUCAAAACGGCUUCGAUACCCAAGUAUAAGGAGGAUAUCAUUGUGAAUGCCCUUUCGAAGUUGAAGCAGAGGGUUAUAUGGAAGUAUGAAGACAGUGAUGAGGAGGGCACACUUACUGGCAACAUCUUGAAGGUCAAAUGGAUACCGCAGUAUGAGUUACUUCAACAUCCGAAAGUAAUCGCCUUCAUCGCCCACGGAGGUCUUCUGGGCAUGACAGAAGCAAUUUCUGCUGGUAAACCGAUGCUGAUCGUGCCGUUCUAUGGAGACCAGCCCCUGAAUGGAGCAGCAGCCACCUCCAUUGGUCUUGGGAAGGCCAUUUCGUAUGCUGACAUGACGGAGAAGAGUCUACUUGAAGGACUGCAAAGCGUUCUGAGUGCAGAAAUGCGAGUAAGCGCAAGACGGGCUUCCAAAAUGUGGCAAGACAGGAUUGCAGAUCCCUUGGACACAGCCGUAUACUGGGUCGAAAGGGUCAUUCGGUGGGGUGAUCAAGACCCGUUGCAUUCUGCCGCACGGGACCUCACCUUCAUAGAAUAUAACCUUAUUGAUGUAGCAGCUGUGAUCUUACUAGCUAUCGUAUUUAUAAUUCUAGUUCUAAGGAUAGUUGUGAACCAAAUACUGAGACUUCUAAGUGCUAGUAUGAGUAAAAAGGAGAAGUUGCACUAAGGAAUAUAUGUUGGUACCUAUUAGUGCAAUUUGGCUCACUUUCAAAUAGUUCCAACAUAACCCAACCUCGGUUUAGGAUUAGUACUGUUUUCCUAGACGUUCUCAAAAUAGAUCUAAGUUUAUCCAGGUUUUACGACCAAAAACUUUGAUGCCAAACUAUCACUUUAGAUUCUGAGAUAAAGCUAAGUUCAGAUAUAAGUUUAGAUCAUGGAAUAUAAAUACAUAGGUAAUAGAAAGCCCAGUAAAUAAAACUACGAUCUUUACAUAACUGUUUACACAGAUAUAUGUCCAGCGUCCACGUAGAUACCGUUAAUUACGAAUUUAUCGUUUUUACAAUACAAAAUUGUCGCUCUGUCAUUCCACUUGGCCAUUAGAAAUCGCUUAGAUAGGUACUGAAUAAUAUCUAUGUUGUGUAAUAACUUAUAUUGAGUUUUCUCAUUGGUCUAGCUAGCCAGAGUCAAUGAACCUAAGAUUUCGUUGCAAAAUGCAAUCUUGAUGAAUUGCGUUGAGGAAACUGCAUCUGAGUGUGAAAAAAUAUGUAGCAGUAGACGAUUGUAAGCAUACAAACUAAAAUUAAACAAUAAGGUGGUCCCUAAAAUAAAUAAUAGUAGGAAUGAAUCUUCACCAAUUGUUUUGGCUAUUUCUUUCAAAGUUUACGUACAAUUUAACUACAAAAGUUACAUACUGGGACGUACCUUCAUAUUUACCUACCUAAUGCCCUAUCUAUGUAUUUCAAAACUCAAUAAAGAGAUCAAUAGAUAACCCCAUGAUAAAACCAUGGUUAUCAAACUAUAGUUUACUGUACCUACCUAGAUUAAAAGAUUAUUCAUUCAACAACCGAGGUGGAUUUUAGGCAGACUGUUAAUUUAUUUGUUUAUGUCCAAAAAAUAUAGAUGUUGUAAUAACGUUCCAAGUAGUAUGUGCUGUGACAAUCGGCAGGGUUUAGAUAGCUUAAUUUAAUUAUAAGACUAAUUAAUAUUACUAACUAAGAUUGCUACUGCACACAUUGUGAUUUUAAAGAAUAUGACUUCUCAUGAUGUACCAAAUUGACUAGCAAAUAGGGGUUAUUAUAUCUUACAGGCAGCUAAGAAGAAUCUAUGCGUUUUUUCUCGUAAUUUAUCAUCGCGACGGUGUCGCCACCUACCUACUACAAACUCUUUUAUCUAUGGUAUGCAAUGUUUAAGCGCGGUGCGCCUCUCACAUAUUGUUAAAACUGAAUUACUGUAUAAAUCGGCUGCCUGCAAUAGCCCUACAUAGGAAAAUAAUUAAAAUAACUAAUGUAUUUAUGGAUAAGAUAUUCAUAAUAAACAAAAUUAAAUUUA